CCGCUCUGGCAUUUGUGAAUCUUUGCAGAUUCAUUAUUUCUUCAGCGCUCUAGGACUUUAAACAAAAAUGUCUCCAGACUGAUUCUCUGACCUUCUCAACACUGCCUACUUCUAAACCAGCAACAAACGAUCUCUUCCUGAAGAACCUUCAAAAACCUGGAACUAGGAUGGGAUCCUGGUGGCGACUGCUACAGUCCUUGCUUUACAUCCAUGUGCUGCUGCCACUCUUUGCUGAAGGUGUCACCAGAGUCUAUUACCUGGGGAUCCACGAAGUGAAAUGGAACUAUGCCCCAACAGGGAAGAACAUAAUCAGCAACCUAAACAUUACAGCUGACCUAGAAGCCUCUGCAUUCCUCCAGCCUGGCAAGGACAGGGUAGGAAGCAUAUACAAAAAAUCUGUCUAUAAGCAAUACUCAGACUCCACGUACACAACUGAGAUCAGCAAACCUGCCUGGCUGGGGUUUCUUGGGCCCAUCAUCCGAGCUGAAGUGAGCGAUACCAUUCUUGUGCACCUAAAAAAUUUUGCCAGUCGGCCAUACACGAUCCAUCCUCAUGGUGUGUUCUAUGAAAAGGACUCAGAAGGGUCCCUGUACCCCGAUGUGUCCUCACAGGAGCAUAAGAAGGAUGAUUCCAUUCCACCAGGAGGGAAUCAUACAUAUACUUGGACUAUACCUGAAAAUCAUAGCCCAACAGCUGAUGACACAAACUGCUUGACCUGGAUCUACCACUCUCAUAUUGAUGCACCAAAGGAUGUUGCUUCUGGGUUAAUUGGGCCAUUACUGACAUGCAAAGAAGGAGUGCUAACUGGCACCUCCCAAAGGCGGCAUGAUGUGGACCUGGAUUUCUUUUUGAUGUUCAGUGUCAUAGAUGAGAACCUGAGCUGGUAUUUGGAUGAAAAUAUUGCUUCUUUCUGCACUGACCCAGGCUCUGUCAACAAGGAAGACAAAGAGUUUCAAGAGAGCAACAGAAUGCAUGCUAUUAAUGGUUAUUUGUUUGGCAACCUGCCGGAUCUGACAAUGUGUGCUGGGGAUCAGGUAGCAUGGCACCUCUUUGGGAUGGGCAACGAGAUUGACAUCCACACAGCCUUCUUCCAUGGACAAAUGCUCACCAUCAGAGACCACAAGACUGAUGUGGCCAGCCUUUUCCCAGCUACUUUUGUGACAGCCAACAUGAUCGCCAUUAACCCUGGGAAAUGGCUUCUGAGCUGUCAGGUCAAUGAUCACUUCAAAGCUGGAAUGGAGGCACUCUAUGAAGUCAGACAUUGUUCUCAGAAAACUCCGGAGUCAACCCUUACAGGGAAAGUCCGGACAUACUACAUAGCUGCAAAGGAAGAACAAUGGAAUUAUGGACCCUCAGGACUUGACCUGAGCACUGAGGAAAGCUUGCAGAAGCCAGGGAGCCCUGCUGAGCAGUUCUUCAAGCGGAGCCCCAGUCGGAUUGGGGGAACUUACUGGAAGGCCAGAUACACGGAAUACACUGAUGCAACUUUCCGGGUGGAAAAAGAGCGGUUGAAAGAAGAGAAGCAUCUUGGGAUACUUGGUCCAGUGAUAAAAGCUGAAGUGGGAGACACCAUCUUGGUGAUAUUUGCUAACAAAGCCUCCUGGCCCUUCAGCAUUCAGCCCCAUGGAGUACUUUAUGGGAAGGAAUGGGAAGGAGCUAUCUAUCACAAUGGCCUGUCGUGGAAUGGAGUCUCUGUUAAACCUCUCCAUAAUUUCACAUAUCGCUGGACAGUACCACAGCAUGUUGGACCCACAGCCAGUGACCCUCCUUGCUUAACCUGGAUGUACUCCUCUGCUGUGAAUCCCUUCAGAGACACUAACUCAGGCUUAGUUGGCCCCCUGUUGAUCUGCAAACCUGGAACUCUGACUGACAACAACAAACAGAAAGGGAUCGACAAGGAAUUUUACCUUCUCUUCAGUGUGUUUGAUGAGAAUCUCAGCUGGUAUUUAAAUGCAAACAUAAAGUACCAUUUGAAAGUGGAAGAGGCCUCUGUAGAAAAGAAUGAAGCUUUCAAGGAGUCCAACAGAAUGCAUGCCAUUAAUGGAUUUAUGUUCUCUAACAUGCCCAAGCUGGAGGUAUGUAAAGGAGACACUGUAGCCUGGCACCUGAUGGGCCUGGGAACUCAGGCAGACAUUCAUGGAGCAGUGUUCCAGGGAAAUACCUUUCAAAUGAAUGGGAUGAGAAGAGGUACAGCCAAUCUCUUCCCUCACACAUUUGCCACUGCCUUCAUGCAGCCUGAUAACAAAGGGAAUUUUGAGAUCUAUUGCCAAACAGCCAACCACUAUCAGUCUGGGAUGAGGGAGCAGUACUUUGUUUCUGAAUGCGGCAAAAAGAUUCCUGCUCUUGCCCAGCACUAUGAAGGAGUGAGGACAUACUACAUCAUGGCAGAGGAGGUGGAGUGGGAUUAUGCACCAGAUCGUAGCUGGGAGCUGAAACGACACAACAACCCUGAGAAGGAAAGCUAUGGCAACAUAUUUCUAAGCAAUGAGAAUGGACUCCUUGGCUCUAAAUACAAGAAAGCAGUUUACAGGGAGUACACUGAUGGGACAUUCAAGAUACUCAAGAACAGGAGCAGUGAUGAUGAGCAUUUAGGGAUCUUGGGUCCUUUUAUCUGGGCAGAAGUUGGAGAUGUCCUCAAUAUUGUGUUUAAGAACAGUGCUACCCACCCAUACUCCAUUCAUGCACAUGGAGUACUGGAAAAGAAUGAUGGACAGCUGGAAGCUACAAUGCCUGGUGAAAUUGUAACAUACCGCUGGGACAUCCCGGAAAGGUCUGGCCCAGGAUCCAAUGAUUCUGCCUGUGUUUCUUGGAUCUACUACUCCAUGGUAGACCCUGUAAAGGAUAUGCACAGUGGCCUGAUUGGCCCCCUAAAGGUCUGCCGAAAAGGAAUACUGCACCCUAAUGGGAAAAGGAAGGACAUGAACAAGGAGUUUGCUCUCCUCUUCCUGGUUUUUGAUGAAAAUCAGUCCUGGUAUCUGGAGGAAAAUGUGGAAACUCAUGGAGAUCAGAGAAAGAUCAACCUGGAGGAUGAACGAUUUAUAGAGAGCAAUAAAUUGCACGCCAUAAAUGGUAGGGUCUACGCAAACCUGCCUGGGCUGACUAUGUACCAAAGAGACUGGGUGAGCUGGUACCUACUGGGAAUGGGCCAAGAGAUUGAUGUGCACACCAUCCAUUUUCAUGCCGAAAGCUUCAUACACAGGUACGGCAAGAUGCACAGAGCUGAUGUUGAGAGUCUGUUUCCUGGGACCUUUGUAAUGGUGGAGAUGCUGGUUGGGAACCCUGGGACUUGGCUGCUUCAUUGCCAUGUUUCAGAUCAUAUCCACGCUGGUAUGGAAAUACUCUUCCAUGUCUUACACAAACCAGACCCAGUGGCAAAAGUCAAAGAAGCUGGAGGAGUGACAACUCCUCCAGAUAAUGAGUCAAACAAUUUCAAUAUGUUUGGAUAUCAGCUGGAUCCAGGGCAAGUGCAAACCACAAUCAUCAUUCUGACCAUUGCAGGAAUUGUGCUGUUCCUCACUGCCAGCUUCCUGCUGGGAGUGAUCAUCCGCCUUGAGAGGCAAAAAAAAUUAAGACGCAACAAGAGAUCCAUACUGGAUGACAGCUUCAAACUCAUGUCUCAACAUAAUCAAGUGAUUUAGCAGCUAUGAAAAGCCUUAAUCCCAUACCUGGAGCAUAGUUUAGAACAUCUUUGCCAGGAAGGACUGUGGGGUAUCAUUUCAAACAUUAGCAAGUGACCCACCUUGGAAAGCCAAACAAGGAGCUCUGCAGCCCUGAUUUCUCCCCUGCACUCAUCAGUGCCUUGCUAAGAGAAAGUGUUCCCAUGGAAGAUCUUUGAACCCAUUCAGCUAGUGGAGGAGAAGUAGCAAAGACACAAAGAUUUCUGUAGUGCAUUUCUGUUCCUGAAGAAGACACAAUGAUGAACCAGGUUCACUUGAUCUAAUUGUCUUCCCCAACUGAAGAACUCUUCCACAGAAUUCCACCUUCACUCCACUGCUAGAGCUGGGUUGGCCACUGUCUUCUUAAGGAUCACAAGCCUGACUGAACUGAACUCAAAUAACCUAAACUAAACAAGAAUUGCUGAUAUCUGAAAGUAAGAUGAAAAUGCAGGGGAGAAGGCAUUUUCAUUAGAUUUGAUUCCUCUAUUUUUAUGAGCAGUGAGGCAAAUGCACAUACUAUGUACAAUGAGUACAUCUAUACUAGAUCCCUGCUUCUGCUAGGAGCCCAAGCUUCCAGCCAACUAAUCCACCUAUUCACGUAUGGCAAACCUGGAUAAGUGGUGAUGGGGGCACUCCUGGGUAUUCUUCCAUUGCUGCUAUCAGAUUCUGACUGAAUUUUAGAAUUUGCUGCAGAAGGAUACCUCUCAAAGUGCUUCACUGCCAUGUUCCUUGGUUUGACACUUGGAAGCAAGAGUGGGAGACCCUGGCAGUGGUGGAGACAUGGUAGAGACGUAUUCAAUGGUAUAGUGUCUGAACGACUCCAUUUAGGAGCAUAACAAUGGCUGUGCCUCAGCCAUCAGCACUGCUGACAUAUCACUGUGCAUAUAAGUACCUCAGGGAAAAUGCUUCAACUCAUGCUUCCAGAGCUUCGGUAUACAUGAUUGUGGGGAAAUAAAGCUUUUACAAGUGCUGUCAAAUGCCUUGACAGUUCCCAAUCUGUAAGUGGAAAUUAAAGUGCAAUAUAUAAGUGUUUAUACAGUUCUCAGGACAAUGGUGAGCUGAUAUGCUGUGAAACUGUGAUUUGAUUCUCUUUUUCCACUUUGCGUGAAAUAUAUAUUAUUUUAUUUAACCUAA